UCUGUAGUAGUUAUGUCGAACCUCUCUAGCAGAACGGAUGAAUUUGUUAAGAAAAUAAUUCAUAGCCGUUUAAUCUUUUAUUAUUAAUAAAUAAUCAAAGACAUGGAUAAUUUAUUGGAAGGAAAUAACAGUUGCCACUUUUAGAGACAGGCAACAAGGAUAUGUAAAGUUUAUAAUAAAACUUGUAACGACCUUUAAUUGGUUUUGCUAUCCGAAUAAUAUAACAAUAAUGAAUUUUGGUGUGGAUUGGGAAGCUGAGCAGCGACGUGUUUUGCUGGACAGCAACGCAACGUUGCAACGUUCGGCACAGUCUGUUGCGAGAUCGCAGGUCAUCGCAGCAGAAAACGAGCAAAUUGGGACAGAAGUAAUUUCUGAAUUGGGUGAACAAAGAGAACGUCUUCUGCGAGCAAAGCGUAGAUUGUCGCAGACAGAUGAAGAAUUGAAUAAAGCGAGGAAAAUUCUAGUUGUUAUGCGAGUGAAAGUUUUGACAAAUAAAAUUGUCCUUAUUCUGAUCAUAUUACUAGAAUUGGUUAUUCUUGGUAUAACAAUAUAUUUAAAAUUCUUUCAUAAAUAAAUUGUCUACUUUAGU